UGCUCAUUGCAAGUUGCAGCGGAAGACCUGUGCGUUUCGGCAACAUCCUGCUAGUUGUAAACGAAGCCGGCUACAGGGAGGCGAUACGGCGAAUGGAAUAUGGAGUGUAUUCCAGUGACCAUUGAUGAUCUUGAGGGCAAAAAAGAACCAGUCAUAGAGGACCCAGAGCACAAUGUGUACACCAGGUUUAUGAAGUCCCACCGGUGUUAUGACCUUGUACCCACCAGCUCCAAACUGGUUGUAUUUGAUACAUCACUUCAGGUCAAGAAGGCAUUCUUUGCUCUUGUUUCUAAUGGGGUAAGAGCAGCGCCGCUGUGGGACAGCAAGAAGCAAUGCUUUGUUGGUAUGCUGACCAUCACAGACUUUAUUAACAUCCUACAUCGCUACUACAAAUCUCCAUUGGUUCAGAUAUAUGAGUUAGAAGAACACAAAAUUGAAACAUGGAGAGAGUUGUACCUUCAAGACUCUUUUAAGCCCUUGGUUAGCAUAUCUCCCAAUGCGAGUUUGUAUGAUGCAGUAUCAUCUCUGCUGAAGAAUAAGAUCCACAGACUGCCUGUAAUCGACCCUCUGACAGGGAACACACUCUAUAUCCUCACACACAAAAGGAUUCUGAAGUUCCUGAAGCUUUUUAUAUCAGAGAUGCCAAAGCCCUCAUUCUUGAAACAAACCUUAGAGGACCUGAACAUUGGAACAUUCCAGAACAUUGCAGUGGUCCGCACAGACACACCGCUCUACACGGCGCUGGGGAUUUUUGUUGAGCAGCGAGUGUCGGCGCUUCCUGUUGUGGAUGACAAAGGUCGAGUGGUGGAUAUAUACUCAAAGUUUGAUGUUAUAAAUCUGGCAGCCGAGAAGACGUACAAUAACUUGGAUCUGACAGUGACCAAAGCCUUGCAGCACCGCUCUCAGUACUUUGAAGGAGUGCUGACCUGCAACAGGCAUGAGACCCUGGAGGCCAUCAUCAACAGACUGGUGGAGGCCGAGGUGCACAGGCUGGUGGUGGUGGACGAGCAGGAGGUGGUGAAGGGAAUCGUCUCCCUUUCAGAUAUUCUCCAGGCAUUAGUGCUGACUGAUGGAGAUGAGGGCACAGCUUGAGGAUGGAACUUAAACAAGGAAAGGCUACACAGUUUUAAGAGGAGCUCAAAGCAAAGGGAGAAAGAACAGGCAUGUGAGAGCAGAAUUUUGACAGUAUAUUGAAGCAUCAUCAGCACAUCUCCUGUAAUCAGACUUAUUAUAAUUACACAUGAAGACUUUUGCCUCCCUGCAGAAAUAUGAAGCAUUGGCAACACAGCAAUAAACAAUUGUAGUAGCACAAUACAUACAGGAGCUUCUGCAAAUUGAGCUAAACUCAUGAAUCACAAGAGAUGUAAAAGCACAAGAGAGCUCUGAAGAGGAGCUGCAGCCCCCAGCAUUAUCAGGCAUCAUUCCCACCUCAGUGUUCACUGAUCUUUGUAAAGGAUGACCUUUAACUAUGGCAUUGAUUACAAAUGUAUUCCUGAUAGUAUAACAUAUGUAAUCAGUCACGAGAUGAAGGAAAACUGAUUGACCUAUAUUGCCUUUGUGUUGGCAGCAUUUCAUUUCUAUAAUAAGGCUAAAAUCGAGAAGUACAUAAAUCCGAUGUAAGAGUAAAACACUGUUAACUUUGUCAGAUCAAGAUUUGGUGUACGUUGUUGUUCUGGAGCGUUCCGACAUUUGCUUUAGGCCUGUUUUUUUUUGUACAUAGAAGUAGUAUUUUUUCCAGCUUAAAAUAUCUUGUUAUCCAGCUAAUUUGAUUAUUUAAAAUUGAGGUGGAGGAUUGAUCUGUAAAUCAUUUUUAUCUUGAACUACCAAUUUGCAAAAAGCAUAUUGAUAGUUGUAUGAAGUGUUUAUCUGUAUGUAUGCGUCAUACAUACUGAACAUAAAUACAAAAGCUUCUUUUGUGUGAAAAUUAUAAAAUGAUAAAGAAAUCAUCACUGAAACACCAGACAUUGGAGACCUCAGAGAGCGAGGCAAGCCAUCUGUACUGUCUAGUAAUAUUUGGGAACGAUUCAAUUAAUUAUCCAUAGCCAUUAUGCUAACUCUGGUCGCUGAGGGGGGCUGGAGACAAUCUCAGCUGACAUUGGGCGGGGUACAUCCUGGACAGGUUGCCAGACUAUCACAGGCUGACACAUAGAGACAGACAACCAUUCACGCUCUCAUUCACACCUACGGGCAAUUUAGAGUCACCAGUUCCCCUAACCUGCAUGUCAUUGGACUGUGGUAGGAAGCCGGAGACACUGGGGCGCAAUGACAUGGGGAGACUCCAAACAGAGAGGCCCCAAUUCAAACCCAGAUCCUUCUUGCUGUGUGGCAACAGUGCUUCCACUGCACCACUGUGAAAAUUAUUUCACAGAUUUAAAAUUAAAAAGACCUGGUCAUGGUUUUACUAAAUUUGAAAUAAACUUGGAUUUUUUAAGGUUUUAGCUUCAGGACCUGUUGCUAAAAAAGUGGAAUUAAUCCAAGCCACUUUUGAUGAACUAAAAAAAAAUGGAUUUAUGUAAAUUUGGUAACUUAAAUCCAGUAACCACAGUUACCAGUGCGCAAAGAAUUCAAGGGCUCAGGUUUUAAUGUGUUGUGUAGCCGAACAGCAUCGUAGCAAACCUGAAAGAGCACUUUAGGCUCUCAAGACAGAUGCUGCUAUUAGAGACGGCCGUUUAUUGUGCACACACUCUGGAUAGUUAUGGAUUUUAUGUGUGGCCAUUCUGUCUGUGUUGUCAUGUAUAACAAAAUAUUUAACAGCUUGUACAUGUUACUUAAGAGACAUGUUUAUUCAUUUUGUUACUCACACUUUUCGUUUUUGGCAUUAUUAACGUUAAAGGGACUUGCUUAUUGCUUUAAUGCUGCAAAAUCAGUUAAGUUUUCUGAGAAGUGGUCCAUUGCUUGAAAACAGAUUGUCGAAGCAUUUCUGUGGUAUUGUUCGUUUUCUGAUUUCUAGCUUUUUUUUGUGUGUAAUGUUGAUGGAGUUUCAGUCAGUGAUGACUUGACUGAACAUCAAGUCUUGUUUAUUGAACCAUUUUCUGUUCAUUGUCUUUCGGGGACUUUAUCAAAAUCACUCAAUACCAGCAUUACCUUUCCAUUUUCUGAAGAGGAUGGGCCAGGAACGUGUCACAAUUCCUGUUUUGGUAUAUAUGAGAUUGAAUGUGUACAACUGUGUGUAAAUGCAGUUUUUGUAGUAAUGUGCAUUGAGAUUAUGCUUGAAAGGAUGAGCAAUAAAGGUUAUUUGAGAGUC